GCCAGCACAUCCCCUUCAGUGUAAUGCAGCGAUGUGUGAGAGCACCGCUGCCACUGUUCUCUCCCUCCUCUUUCCCUCCGCGUCCACAGACACUUUCCUCCCCUUCUCUCGGAUUUCUCUUCCUCUCUUUAUCUGCGCUCAUGGUCCCUCUCCUCUGCCCUCCCCUGUCUUUGCCGUCUCCCACUCCUCUCCCUCCUUCUCUCCGGCUCUGUCCCGUAGGCUGAGGUGGGAUCUUUAUCACACAGCGGCGGCCACACCAGCAGCCCAGACCCUAUAGGCUGACUCUUGUGCCAACCUCUGUGGGAACAUCAGUGGGUGCAGGGUACUUGACAGAGCCGGUGCCAGGGAGUUAAUACCACUCAGUGCUACUGGAGGUGUGACACAGUCCCAGCCCUCUGCACACUGAUUCACACAGGAUUAAGCCACUGCAUGAUGCUUCAGGCGUAAGGUCUGGCACGGCUGAUUUACUGUCCCUGUCAGACUUAACAUCUUUGGAGGCCUCCUCUUGCCCUGCUCCCGUCUUCUGUGGAAGAACUCGUGAAAAAUAUCCUCCACUGCACCAAGCGGAUCGCCUAAAGGGAUGACUGGCAGUCAGCUCGCUCAGGAGUAAGAGAGGAAGCAAUGGGCUGGACUAUGACUCUAAAAGAUGACUUUGGGUUCAUUGCCUGGACGCGGAAAGCUGGGAGCUCCCUCAGCCUCUUCGUCCUCUUGUCUCUCUUUUCCAUCUCACUCCAGUCAGACAUUGUGUUUCCAAAGGACCAUCAUUUCUCUUGGAAAGCAGGCCAGUGGGGUCAGUGUGUUGGGGACGAGUGCGGUUCUGGUGGUCUUCAGACGAGGACCAUAUGGUGCGUCCACACGGAGGGCUGGACCACCCACCAUUCUCACUGCCAGCAUGUGGACAAGCCGGAGAGCCAGCGGCACUGCUUUAAGGUCUGCGACUGGCACCAGAACCUCUUUGUUUGGGACGUGUCAGAGUGGGGGGGCUGUGUUCUCGUCCCUUUCUUUUCCAACGAGCACAAGCUGAGGACUGCCGAGUGCAUCACAGCACAGCACGGCAUCCAGAGGCGACAAGUCCAUUGUGUGCGCACUUCAAACCGCACCACGGUCACCUUGAGGAUAUGCGAGUUCUUUUCCCAGAAACCGCCUGUGGAACAGGCGUGCCUCAUCCCCUGCCCCCAGGACUGUGUAGUGUCAGACUUCACCCCCUGGUCCAGUUGCAGCAGAACGUGUGGCGCCGGCCUGCAGCAUCGGACGCGCCACGUCCUGGCCACGCCGAUGUACGGAGGGGCGAUCUGCCCCAACUUGACUGAGACCAGGACGUGUUCCAGCCUCCUCGAGUGCCCCGCCGGGGUGGGGGAGCACCAGUACAGCCUUAAAGUAGGGGCAUGGAGCGAGUGCCGACUACCCCAUCAGAAGGACGCCCUGUUGAGUGGCAGGACCACGGUGGACUUCCUCACCGGCUCCAACGGGAGUAACGCAGUCACGUUGCACACGCAGGCAGCCCACCAGCACCGGCACCACCACAACCGACACGUGCACAGGUUCCCCGUGUCGUGGGACCUGGAGGUGGGAUACCAGACGCGACAAGUCCGCUGCACACGAAGUGACGGCAAGAAUGCAAUGUUGAGUCUAUGCACCAAGGACGACUCCCCGCUGACCUUUAAGGCGUGUGUGAUGCCCAAAGACUGUCAGACAUCUGAUUGGUCACCGUGGAGUCCGUGCUCAAAGACCUGCCGCUCCACCGAUCUCUCUCCUGGUUACCGCCUCAGGUCACGAAUCAUGACGCAGAUCACAGUUGGAGGGGGGCAGAGAUGUCCUGCCCUUGAGGAAAAAGAAGCUUGCAACAUCAUUGGAGAUUUGCUUCCAAACUGCCCCAGGUAUGUGUGGAGGACCACCGACUGGGACGACUGUCGCGUCCUUCCGUUACUGAGCCAGCAGGACCGGCGGCUGGCAAACAUCAGUAUUCUGUGUGGAACAGGGAUUCAGAGCAGGAAGACCUACUGUGUUCAAGUCCCUGAUCCCUCAGCACCACAUCACAGGAAGGAGGUGUCCAGGCCGGUGAAUGCUAUUCUGUGUACUGGGGAGGAGCCCCCCUCGGCAGUCCAGCCGUGCUCCAUCCUUUGCCCGCACAACUGCCUCCUCUCCCAGUGGUCACCCUGGGGUGGCUGCCUACAUGACAACUGCAAGGAACCGCAGGGGAAGAAAGGUUCCAGACAGAGGAGGAGAGAGUUGUUGUGGGAGUCCAGCGCUCCGCCGGAGACCUGCCCUCAUCUGGUGGAGUUCAUCCCCUGUGAGGAUCCCGCCUGCUACCUGUGGCAGGUCAAACAAGAAGGAAGAUGCAUUCCCACCAAAAACUCCUGUGGUCCCGGGAAGGCGGCCCUCAACGCCACCUGUGUCGGUGCUGAAGAUGUCAAUGUGCCGAUUGCCCACUGUGCACACGUCCGCCCCCCCACAGAAGCGGCGUGUGAGGUGGCCUGUCCUGCAGACUGCGUGGUUGCAUCCUGGUCCUCCUGGUCACCUUGCUCACACAGCUGCGCCACCAGGACAGCAGAGGGGCGACAGAGCCGCACUCGCACCGUGCUCGCCGUACCAGGCAAAGGAGGGAAAGAGUGUCCGGCAGCUCCAGCCCUGGAGGAGUGGAGAGUCUGUAAUGAGCACCCUUGUGCGGUGUUCUACUGGGACGCCUCAGCCUGGGGCCCCUGUAUAGAAGACGCGCCCACGGAUCCCAAUGGAACCAGCUCCUGGAACGGGACCUCUGCGUGUGCUAUGGGGGUUCAGAUCCGCACAGUGAGCUGCAUGAAGAUGAACGUUGGCGCUGUGACGAAUAAAAGGUGUUCGGAUUCUGCUCAUCCAGAAACCGUCCGACCCUGUCUGCUCCCCUGCAAGAAGGACUGCAUCGUGACACCCUUCAGCGAAUGGACGGCCUGCCCAUCCACCUGCGUGCCAGAAAACGCCACGGCCGCAUCGCAGUCUCGCUACAGAACCAUCAUUCAGAGGUCUGCUAAUGGAGGUCAGGAGUGCCCCGACACGCUGUACGAAGAGAGGGAGUGUGAAUCCCUUCCUGUGUGUCCGGUGUACAGAUGGAGGACACACAAGUGGCACAGCUGUAGCCCGGUUCCGGACUCGGUUCGACGUGGAUUAUCUGGACCGGGAGAAGAAGCCUGUGGAAACGGUUUAGAAACGAGAGGACUCAGUUGUGUCGGCGAAAGCGACGAGUCGGCCAAUAUGACAGAGUGCCUGCGCUGGGCCGGCCCCUUGCCCCCCCAGAUCAGAGAGUGCCGGGUGGCUUGCAAGGAUGACUGCGCGCUAACGGCCUGGUCCAAGUUUUCUGAGUGCGCCGGAUGCGGCGGCUCCCGCCGGCGCCAUCGUGCGCUCGCAGGUCGCAGUAAAAAGAAGGAGCAUUGCCUGAACAAGGAGCUCUACCCUCUGGAGGAGACGGAGACGUGUCCCUGUGUUGAGUUCUUGUCCCAGCCCUACGGGAACUGGUCUGCGUGCAUCCUCCACGGUCCCUCAGCUCCGGGGUUGCUGCAGGGCUGGACAAGCCACCGGGAGGUGAAGGAGUGUGGCCGAGGUCUGCGCUACAAAGCAGUGGCCUGCGUUAACCAGCGGGGACACCUGGUGAAGCCCACGCACUGCACGGACUCAGGCUACGUGGAGGAGGUUUGCCACGUCCCUUGCCCCCUGGACUGUAAGCUCAGUGACUGGUCAGCCUGGUCUGCCUGCAGUGCAUCCUGUGGCAGUGGGUUGAAGACCAGGUCCAAGUGGCUCAGGGAAAAGUCUUUCAAUGGAGGACGCCCAUGCCCCAAGUUGGAUUUGAAAAAUCAGGCUCAGGUGUACGAGGCUGCGCCAUGCUACAGUGAAUGCGGCCAAUACGAGUGGCGGAUCGAGCCCUGGUCCAUUUGUACCAUCAGCGCUGUGGACGACAUGCCAGCCUGCGGGGAGGGAGUCCAAAGCCGCAAGAUCAGGUGUGUGAAGCAGGGAACGAGUGGGGAGAACAGUACGUUGGAGGACUCUCUGUGUGAUCAGGACGAAAUGCCACCCAGAGCGCAGGUCUGCUUUGUGGCCUGCCCGCAGGACUGCGUCAUGGCACCCUGGGGACCGUGGAGCAACUGCCCCCCGCAAUGCCACAAUGGAACGGCGCGCAACAGGAGCCGGCGCGUCCUGCGCCUCCCCUCCUCCUCGGGGAGCGCCGCCUGCCCAGAGCGGGUCCAGUCGGAGGCGUGUGUCCUCAACAGCACCUGCUUCUCCUACCAGCACGGCGUCUCAGACUGGAGCACGUGCCGGCUCAGCGAAAGUGCCGCCUGUGGGCAGGGUUCACGGUCCCGCCUCGUGGACUGUGUUCGUAACGACGGAAAGAUAGUGGAUUUGCGGAAGUGCGAGCAGCUCGGUCUGCUCAACAAGUGGAAGCUGUCGGAGAGCUGCGUGGUUGACUGUCCUGUCAACUGCAUUCUCUCCGAAUGGUCGUCGUGGGCGGAAUGUUCGCAUACCUGUGGUAACCAAGGUCAGUCCGUGCGCAGCCGCAGGAUCCUGCACGAGGCUCACGAGGAGGGUCGGCCGUGUCCCCUUCAGCUCACCCAGACCAAGCCGUGUCCCAUAAGGCCUUGCUACACGUGGCUGCUCAGCGACUGGUCGCCGUGCACUGUGGAGGGUGCAGAGUGUGGCGAGGGGCUUCGGAGGAGGAGCCUUUCAUGCGUCGUGCACACGGGCAGCUGGCCCGAGUCUCCUCCUCAGCCAGUGGACAAGGAGCUUUGUGGAGACAAACUGCGGCAGCAGAUCCAGCAGGAGAUGGAGCAGCCGUGCUUCGUCCCGUGUCCAGGAGACUGCCAUUUGACCGUGUGGUCGUCUUGGAGCUCCUGCCAGUUGACCUGCGUGGAGGGCCGCAGUUUUGAGACCACCGGCCGUCAGGCUCGCUCCAGAGCUGUGAUCAUCCAGGUCAUGGAAAACCAGGGCAGCUGCCCGCAUCAGGUGUUUGAGACGCAGCCCUGCAAAGGGGGGAAAUGCCACAGUUACGAGUGGAGGACGGGGGGAUGGAGCAACAACGAGAGAUUGGUGUGGUGUCAGCGCUCAGAUGGUGUCAAUGUCACAGGGGGGUGUUUUCCGCAGAAAAGGCCGACCCCAGUCAGACACUGCCAUCCUCUGUGCAGCAAACCCUUCUCGCACUGCACGCCGAGCGGGGUGUGCGGGUGUGAGAAGGGUUACACCGAAGUUAUGACCACGCACGGCUUCCUGGACUACUGCACCAGAACCCCGGGGGUGGACAACAACAAGAAAGCUGAUGUGAAAACCAACUCUGGGAGAUUAAAGCCGGGGCCGUCUCAGGCCCGGGACCUCUUCAGCGAGUGGACCUUAAGACCUGUCGGCCCAGACGGACGGGUAAAGCUGUGGGUUUACGCCGUGACUGCCGUUGGAUUCAUCUUAAUACUCUUCGUUAUUGCAUUUUCAUUCCUGGUUUGCAAGCCCUUCCAAUCCACCAAGACGUCCCCCCCCACGCAGAAGCCCCUGACUCUGGCCUACGACGGUGACAACGACAUGUAACCGGGGGCGGCCGCGCUGGACCUCGGGCGGACACCUCGAAGACCUUCCGUUUGUUAGCAAGGACUUCUUUCACGUACAGCCGACGGUUGGGCCCGUUUGGUCCUGGUCGAUCGAGCGUGCAAACUUUGAUGCCGAGGGGGAUGCAGCGGACACAGAACGCCGGAAUGCAUUGGAUUUGCCAGUCAACUCCCCUCGGUGAAGAAGAGGAACCGAGGCCUAACGCGGUGCAAAUGGAAACGAAAGGCCUCGAGGCGAGAGUAAUGAAUGGACCUCGAGUUUCUUUUAGGCACCGUUAGCAAACCAACAGGUCACGAGGACUCCUCUAAAAGGUCAAAGUGGGUUUGUUCUGUGUCAAGAAUCGGAGGAACCGCCUGAUUAUUUUGUCUGGUAUUUGUGUCGUGAGGGAGACAAACCGUCUUGGGUUAGCAGUCACUCUUGAUGUUCAAAGACAAAAGAAUAGAACAUUUGGCAUUUUGACUUUGUCUCAUCAGUGCUGGAUCUUUGUGAGAAGAAAUGUCACACGCCUUUUGGCUGAACAGCCUUUUUUUGAAUUUCUGAGAAUAAAACAAAUGCUCUAUGCACUACGUUAGUGCUGAUUCACUUUGUUUUUUUUCCUUUCAAAUGACUUUUCUAGUGUUUCAACUGUAAUGCAAGUCGUUGCUGUCAGAUUUCGGUCGAUGAUGCCAUAUGUUGUCUUUAUGUGGAAUCCAAAAGCAGGUUGCCCUUGAUUUUAACGAUGCAACGAGUAAUUUCGUCUCCCUUAUUCUCAUCAAAUUUCACUGCUAUGGAAAAAAAAUUCCAAAUUUUUUGUCGAUGGCGGAGUGCUUUGAAGUCAAACGCGGUCGAGAAUGAACUGGUGUCUCGCGGCCAAACCGCUGUGUCAGCGCUAAAGAGUCUGGCUCCACACGUUACCAAUCCAACACGCGGGGAGGGAAGCAGGCAAUCACCACUGCCUCGGGUUGAAGCGCGGGAAACGGCGACGGCGCCCUCGCGGAGGCGAUAACGGAAGGCGAGGAGGAACAUACACAGACCUGUGAUGCAAAUUGUUCAAUACCAGCAUGAAAAAAAGAUCAUUACCUCAUGCACCCUGAUCACCAAAGCAGAUACAACAAUAGAGAUUACGAAUAGUCCACUAGAUCACACAAUGUAUUUUUAGAGUAAAUAGGCUUCACUUAUUUGAAAAGGAUGUCACACGUUAUUUUUUUUAUCACGAUUUGUUGCAUGCAAACACAAAAUCAGUAACUAGUAUUUGAAAGCUGCAUUUAUUUUGUUGACACUGCAAAGGACAGGGCUCAAAACAUGACAACACAGAGCAAAUACCAAAUAUUUGUGAGCACACAUUAGUUAAAUAGAUUAGAUCGCAUUUCUGUUUCUUACGCACAAAAGUAAAAACCUUUCUUCUAUUCGGUACCGAAAUUGUUUCAGAUUUCCACUUACAGUUUCAAGGAAUCCAUGUUGUCUAGAAAAGCUUCUUUGUCGACCACAACCGCACACAUUUAGUAUGAUUUAAACAUUACUCAUUACGUUAUUCAUAUGACCCGGUGGAGAAUUACGUUUUCUAUUCCUGCCUCCACAAACUGAACAUUUGGUCUCGUUAUCAACCUCCUUCUGAAUGUAUUUUACCCGUGACUCUAUAAUCUAUUUAGUUGCGCAAAUAUUGUUGCUACCUGUUGUAACAAUUGUAUUUACACAGCCGAUUGUAUCUAAGCAUGCUUGAUCCAUUUUGGCAGAAAGUGCUCCAAGAUUCUGAGUUAGUUUCUUUUUCAAAUAUUUGGCCAACAAAGGGGAAAUGCAGUACGGUAAAUGUUAAUUCAACGCAAAAUCUAAGUGUGAGAUCAUUUCCAGAUGACAGGUUCAACUCACAAACAAGUAACAUGUUCACAAUAAAACAAAAAAACAGCCAACUUCUGACCUGACUCUAUUGGGUUAUAUCCAAGAAGAUCCAAGGGUAUGUUCACUCAUCGUUUGCGGGACCAUGCUAUUUGUGUUACUAUUGUGUGUACUUGGGGAGCUGGAUGAAAAUGCAAAUAAAUUGUGGAACCUUGUGAAAAUGAAA